UUUCCACUUCUUCCUCCUCCCCCCCACCCUCACACACACGGAGACCUCCCACCUCGCCGGACGAGAGCAGCAGCAGCCGCUGCCGACGCUCCCGCUCGGGGGGCAGAAUCUUGCGCCGUCUCCGGAUUCGUCCGGGUACUGUGGUUUGACUUGUUGGGCGAGAAAAAGAAAAGGGGGCGUGUUCUUUGGCUUGAUCAGCGGUGGAGGAGGAGGAGGAGGAGGAGGAGGAGGAGGGGGUGGAGUGGAGGGAUGUGGCUGAUGGAGGCGGGGUUGUGAGGAGAGGGGGAUGGGGAGCUGCGCGGGGGCGGACAGCGAGUGGCCCGGCGGCGUGACGGGCCCGGACGCGGAGGUCGGGGCGCUCGUGUGGGUCCGCCGCCGCAACGGAUCCUGGUGGCCCGGGCGGAUCCUCGGCGGCGGCGAGCUCCCCGAGAACUGCGUCGUCCCGCCGCGCUCCUCCGGCACGCCCAUCAAGCUCCUCGGCCGCCCCGACGGCAGCAUCGACUGGUAUAAUCUUGAGAAGUCUAAGCGUGUGAAGCCAUUCCGAUGUGGAGAGUAUGAGGAGUGUAUAGAAAAAGCAAAGGCUCAAGCUCGUCUGCAUAAGAGGGCAUACAAUGAAGGGAAGUAUGUCCGCAGAGAAGAUGCUAUUAUGCAUGCUCUUGAACUUGAAAGGGCUCGCUUUCCAAAUGAAUAUGAUACUGAUGAGCAUGUUACUAGCAGUCCAGUAUUUGAAUCCCAAAACAGCUAUUGUGCAAAAUCUAAAAAUAUAAAUGGGCUCAAUAAAAGAUCAUCUCGCGCUGCAAAGGAUCUGUGUGAUAUUGAAGAGGAGUCAGCCAAAGGUUUGUCUGAGGCCUUAACAUUGUAUAAACAGCCACAAAAUGUGUCCUCUUCAAGCACUAGGUAUGCUUCAUCAUCAAGGAAGAAACAGAAGGCAUCAAAUGAUUUUGAGGAUGAAACAGUUCAAGGAUCCCGACGCAUGAGAGACCUUAGGGAGAUUGGAUCAACAAAGAAUCCCAAACAUAGUUCAUACGUCCUAAAUGGGCACUGUGAUCUACCACUUCUUGAAAGUGCAAGCUUUGGUUAUAGCUUGUCUGGUACCAACGGGAUAAAAGUUGAUCAGAAGUCUCAUUCGUCAACAAAAAGGAAACGCUCCAAUAUUGGCCAAGCUUAUGAAAAUUCAAGGAAGAAAGAUAGGCGUCGCCCUUUGUCGAAGUUAUGUAAAGAUUCAGCAGUAGCAGUUCCAGCAUAUAGUCACUGGGACCCUUCAGGGCAUUCUUCUGAACAGUUCUCAGGAGGCAAAAUGUCCAAUCCUUUUGAAUCAACUAGGGGGAAAUUUGGUUUUCCAGUGGAUGUGAAUAAUUAUAGCUCAGGAGCUUCAAGUGUGGAGACUUUAUUAGAUGCAUCAUGCACAAAUCAUAAUGCUGCUGCCAAGGCAAUUUCAGUUAAGGAUGCAGAAGUCUCAUGCAUUCCUGGGUUUCUCAAUGAUGAUUGUUCUGAUGGUGAUGAACUUUUCGAUGCUCCCCUUGUUAUGGAAGAAGAUGAUUUCCCGGAAGAAGGACAUCUGCAUAAAUAUGAAUCGUGUGUAUCACUAAAGGGACAGAUCUCAAAACCCAGGAAGCAAACUGCUGAAUAUAGUGAAGUGGGCAUACCUUCACCUCAUGAUCACAGAAGUUCUAAGAAGAAAAGCAUAAGCUCUGUUCAUUUGAGAACACAAGAAAACAAGGGCAGUAAUUUGUUGGCGCAACAUGGCAGAACAACAAAAAGGCAAGCAUUAGACAGCGAUGCUGUUAGGGUGGAUGCCAGGGUUGCGAGUGCUUUCUGUAAGCCCCCUGAACUUGAGAACGAUAUGCAACUUGCGAUAGUUCCUGCUGAUGGUUGUGCCGGUACUUUGGAGCAACAAUAUUAUGGAAGUCGACCCGAGCAUGAUGAAUCAUCUGAAACUAUAAGCAACCGCUCACAGUCAGAAAAGGGUGCACCAUCUUCCCCAUAUUAUGGGCUGCCACUUCAAGUAAUACCACCUGAACAGAAACCUGGCCUGGAACCUUCUAGUCCCCAUUUAGUAAAGCCAAUCAAGAGUCAGUGGACAGAGUUUAAGCUAUAUGAAGUAGAAUUGGCCGUUCAAGGAAGCUACAAGGGCCACCGUGUGCCUCUUGUCUCUCUCAUGAGUAAAUGGAAUGGUAAACCAAUUGUCGGUUACCCUGUACCAGUGGAGGUUUUGGAAGAUAGUUCUAGGGCAAGCCAAGAUGAUCUGCACCCUGCAACUAGCAGUCUUAACCACUUGCUGAAGAGGAGCGAACCUACAGAACCACGGCAAGCAAGAUCGUCGCAUUCAUCAAGAUCUGCAUCAAGACCGAAACCGAGUGGUAAGAAAAAGAUUUCGGACCAUGAUAUGGACAAGUCGUGGCGGCCACACACAAAGAAAUCAGCCUCUUCACCAAGGAAAAUGCGGAGGCUCUCAUCUUUCGCCAGCAGUCGAAGAGACAGUACAAGCAGGAAGCCCGUAGUUGGGAAAAUCGGUGGACCUACUAUCGCGUGCAUUCCGCUCCGACUUGUUUUCAGUAGGAUCAAUGAAGCUUUGAGUUUUCCAGUGAGACCAGAAAACCCUACAUGAGGUGGGCUACCCUGCCAGGCCUGCGCUUGGUGAUAGAUAGCCUGUGAGAAGACAGACAUAUGAGUUUUGCAUGUACAUUAGCUGCCUUAUAAUUCUUGAAAUAUUAAAGCUUGCCAUGUUCAUAUCAGUUAUAUGUGCUUGUAACCGUAACUGCUAUAGGCAAAAUGGCUACUCAUCCACCUUAGUUUCAGGUGAAAAAUCCCAUAGUGGGGAGGAAAAAUAAACACCAUGUUGCAUCUGAUCAUGCUCUCGUGGAAAGGGUAAGGCGGCCUCGGUAUUCUUUUGGCUCGUUUUGUGAAGAUGCUGCAGGUUUGUUGCUGUAUGAGAUGCAACAAGCUCUGAAACUUUGGAGCUUUCAAGUGUGAACAUCUAUUGAUUCCAACCAUAGAUAUGGGAUCAAUCGGGAUCCUCUUAUACAUUUGGCUCAAGCUCAAUGUCAACGAUGUUUUUUGUUCUGAAUUCCAAACUGAAUGGUGAUUCUCCCUCGUGCUGUCCAAACCUCUUAGUUUCAAUUAUUUUAAGCGAAAAAAUGAUGAUGU